AUGGCCCCCCUCACCCACGACUUUCCCACCUUCGGGCACUAUGCCCACAACCUCAAGGAUGGCCUCCAGCAUACCGCCAGCAGGGGUCUCGACGAGCUCGACCAGGCCAUAGAGACCAAGGGCUACGAUUGGCUGGAAGGCUAUAUGGCACAGAUAUUCGACCGUCUGCCUCAAGCACCUAUCGGUGAACUCAUCAAGACUCCCUCCAAGACGCAGACUGUCAAAAAGACGCGUGCUGCUAUUGCUGCUGCCAAGGAGAAGACUGAAAAGAUCAAGGGGUUGAAUGCGCGAUUGGCUCUCAGCCCUUCGAACCAGGUCAAUCGUCCUGCACUGUCUCCUCUGCACCUUGGGGCCAGGUCUAUAAACAUCAACACCUCCCCUUCGCCUUCGCCUGUCAAGUCCAAGCCUGCCAAACCACUUGCCAUCUCCUCCCCGGUCAAAUCCAAGGCCAAGCGAGGCCGUCCCAAGAAGGCCGAUAUCGCCAAUGAUUCUAAAUCUACGCGAUCCAAGAAGGCUGACGGCAAGCAACCAGAGGUCGAAGAGACUCUUGCUACUGAGCCUCAGGCGCAGGAAAAGGAGGAUCCCGCGCCUCAGGCAUCUCCUGCCAAAUCUACGCGCUCGAAAAAGGCCAAGCAGACUGAAGUCGUGGAACCUCCCGUCGAAGAUGUCGAGCAAGCGGUCGACGAAGAAGAACGCAUGGCCGGCGAGCCCGACAAAGAGUCAGAGGCUGAUAACGCUCAGGAAGAACCUGCUCCUGCUCCUGUCGUUGCAGAGGAUAUGGAGGUUGAGCCUGAGCCUGUUGCCGAACGUGAAGAAGCGGUCGAGGUUGAGAAACAGAAAGAGACUGCUGGGCCCGCCAUGGAAGAGGUCCAGCAGCAAGUGGAAGAACCCGAUGUUCCUAUGGAUGUUGAGCAGGUGGAAGACGAGCCUGUGGCUGAGAAUGUCGCGCCUGAGGCCGAGCCUGAGGUAAAUCGGGAGCCGGUGGAGGAAGAGGCGACAGAGCCUAUUGUCGACAAAGCUGCCACACCGCCUAUGGCAGGCAUCCCAGUUGAAGAACCCACUGCUCCUCUUCAUCCGGAGGUGGAUACUCGUGUCGAGCCUGAAAUUGAAACCAACACCGAGACCGCUCCCGAAGUCAUUUCCGAGCCUGCUCCCACCAACAUCUCCCAAACAUCAUUCACUUCCAACUCUCAACCUGCCCACCGCAUCCGUUCUUCCUGGCUCAGCAAAGCCCUCGGGACAGGUGCUCCUCCUUUGGCCCAUGCCCACGAGCCAAGCGCUUUGCGCAAGUCGCAUGCUACCUCCUCGCAGCCUGACCGUGCCAAUAUGGACUUUUCAGGGUUGCGAAAGAGCUUGGCGCCUAUCAGCGGUCUCAAGCGCAAGAGCGACGAGGGUCUUGAUAAUGACGAGGACGAGGAUGAGGAUGAACAUGAAAGAGCUGGAAAGGUGGCGAAAGCUUCCGAAGCGCACACCAUUCAUUUCCCCACGACUACCCCUGGGCCAGCCAAGGCUUCGCUAUUCCCUACCAAAACCCCGUCUUCGUUUGGCACCGCCAGUGUCGGGUCAGACCAGCAUUCCCAAGGCAGGCCUGUUCAAGAUGAUUCACAGAGACCCGAAAUCUCUCGAGUCACCAAAGCCCUCGACGAGCUGCGCGAAAAGACUGCCAAGGACCUCGCCAAACAAAAGGCUACUCCUGCUGCUGGUACCGCCGCUCGUGUGCCUCAAGCAAAGAGUACCGGCGCCGGUUUCCUUCGCGGGUUGCUCAACUUUGGCGGUGGCAAUGCCGAGUCUGGUGAAGAUGAAGCCACGCGAAGGGCUCGGGAACUGGAGGAGGAAAAGAUUGCGGAGGAAGAGCUCGAAAAGCUUAUGUGGGCUGCGAGGAAUGGUGUUGACGAGGAUAUGAUCCUCGGGGAGGAAGAGGAAGAGGAGCCUGCGCCUCAGGCGGUGGAGAAGGAGGAACCGAGAUCGACUACGCCUUCAUUCUCUCCCCCUCCCAAACCGACGCUUCGACACUCCAUUCACCCUUCAUACAUGCCGCAACCCGCUGCCCUGCCUGCCCUCGUCGCCCCCGUUUCUGGACCUUCUGCCGUCCCGACUGCUCAAGCGGGCACCAUGACAGAUCAUGAAGACGAAGAGAUGGUAGAUGAAGAGUCUGUGCUUGAUGAGAUCAUCCCCGACGAGGUCACCGAAUACCAACCGUCCCACUCCCGAACCUCGAGCCAAGGUCAACACACCAGGUUUUUUUCCCCUGUUCCUGCUUCGACCACCCCUGCCAAGCCCCUGGACAAGGAAGCUCCCGCGCUGCAUGAUCGCAAGGAGAAGCACCAACAUGAACCUUCUGCUGCGGUAUUGAAGGAGCAGAAGGAGAGGGAGGAGAAAGACCGACGGAGGGAAGAGAGAGAGCAGGAGAAGCUUCGGCUGCGUGAAGAGAAAGAACGGGAGAGGGAGAAGAAGGGCAAAGGCAAGAGUGUUCAGCAAGCGAUGGAGACGCCCUCAGCCUCGCAUGCUUCUCUCUUCACGUCCACUUCAGCGAACACAAACACCACGCUCAACCAUGCUUCUAUCAUGGCUGCCAAGGCGCUGGGCGUCAAACCUGCCGCUGCGCCCGUGAAGAGUGUGCAACAAGCUGCUUCCGCUGCUCAAAAGGAGCAAGCCGCCUCCGUCCGCAAAGCUGCUCUUCGCGAACAGACCGAAAAGCGCAAGGAACAGGCCGCCCAGAAGAAGGCUGAGGAAGAGCGCGUCAGGGCCGAGGAGGAACGCAAGGCAAAAGUUGCCGAGCUGGAGGAAAAGCGCAGGAUUAGGGCGGAGGGAGAGAAGAGGAGGAAGGAGAGGGAACUCAAGGCCAAAGAAAAGGCGGCGAAGGAACAGGCCGACGAGGCCGCCAAGGUCAAGGCCGAAGCCGAAGCUGCCAAGAAGAGAAAGCUCGCUGCUGCUCUUAACAAGUCUCAGACCGCCGCCCCCGCCCCUAAACGAGUCGCCGCCCCCAGCCAAUCUCUCGCCAAAGGCAAAGAGCCUUUCCGACCCACCAAAACCACUCUCUCUUCCUCCAUCACCGCCGAUUCCAAGAUGGGUCCAAACGCUUUCCGUACUGCCGACUCUCAGACCCAGUCAUCCACUAUCAGACUUGUGGGCCAGCCCGCGCAACCUCCCGCGCAAAGGGAGAGCCAAGCGGCAACCUGGUCUGCCCCUGAGAGGAAACCCCUUGGUCAACCCUCGAGGCCUUCGCAGAUGGAGGGUCACGGUGUGAAGCAGUCGUUGCUCUACCAGGCUCAUCAUCAGCAACUACAGUCUAUCAACACUCAGCCUCAGGCGCCUCCUCAAAAUUGGCAGCAGGUGCAGGCGUCGUUGGACAAGAAGGUCCAGCAGCAGGAUUCAGAAGAUAUUGUUCUGCCUGAUAUUGCUUCCGAGUAUUCUGACCCCGACGAUGAUACCACUCGCGAGUUCAACCGUCCCGACUGGGCCGAGUCUCCCGCACUCAACAAGGCACUUGCUGCCCAAGCAACAAUCGACCCUGACGAGUACUUUGGUCACAUUGGCCCGCUCAACAUGGAAGAGUUGUUCAAGGCCAGGGCCGGCAAGUUCAGGCCUAGGUCGAGUUCCGCCAACUGGAGCAGGGGCGAUGGGUUGUCGCCGAUGGAGAUUAUCGACUAUGCGAAGAGAAUGGGGUACGAGUCUUUGCAGUCUUAUGACGAUGGGCCUGGUCCCAGUGGAUCCUCGUAA